CGGGGCGCCGCCGGCCAUUUUGUGGCGUUAAGCCGCGCGCGCGGGCGGUUCCCUCUCAUUUCCUCGUCGCGGCGGGACGGGGCGGCCGCUCCUGGCGCUUCGCUCCGGCCUCGGGCCGCCCCUCGGACCCUGAGGUUUAUUCUCUUCGUCCGCCGCCGCCCCUCAGGGGCUCCUGCCCACCAUGAGCUACGGCCGCCCGCCGCCCGAUGUGGAGGGCAUGACGUCCCUCAAGGUGGACAACCUGACCUACCGCACCUCCCCGGACACCCUCCGGAGGGUCUUUGAGAAAUACGGCCGCGUGGGCGACGUCUACAUCCCGCGGGACCGCUACACCAAGGAGAGCCGAGGCUUCGCUUUCGUGCGCUUCCACGACAAGCGGGACGCGGAGGACGCGAUGGACGCGAUGGACGGGGCGGUGCUGGACGGCCGGGAGCUCCGCGUGCAGAUGGCCCGCUACGGCCGCCCGCCCGACUCGCACCACAGCCGCCGCGGGCCGCCGCCCCGCCGGUACAGCAGCAGCGGCUACGGCCGCCGCAGCCGCAGCCCUAGAAGACGCCGUCGCAGCCGAUCUAGAAGCAGGAGCCGCUCUAGGUCCCGCAGUCGGUCCCGUUACAGUCGAUCCAAAUCCCGGUCUCGCACACGCUCUCGGUCUCGCUCCACCUCCAAGUCCAGAUCUGCCAGGAGAUCCAAGUCAAAGUCCUCAUCUGUCUCCAGAUCCCGAUCCAGAUCAAGAUCCCGGUCUAGAUCUAGAAGCCCUCCCCCUGCCUCAAAGAGGGAAUCCAACUCUAGAUCCAGGUCUAAGAGCCCUCCUAAGUCUCCGGAAGAAGAAGGAGCUGUAUCCUCCUAGGAACAUGGUAAUGUAGCUCGGGGUCAGCACAGGAUGCAUGUUACUUUAUUAGAUCGCUUAGGUGGGGUGUUGGGUAGUUCUUGGAGCAUUAAUAGCCUGAACCAAGUGAAUCCUAGUGUGGGGCACAUUGUUAGUUGUUGGUUUUGGUUUUUUUUUUCUUGAGCAGUGAUUUUUUUGGUUAUUGAUUUAGGGAAAUAAUUACUGAAGGGUUUUCUACGGAGAAAUUUUUUUUUUAAACAGAGAAAAUGUUUUAUUGCAAGAUUAAUGCCUUGGUUUUAAUAAAAUAUUGUAUGAGACGCAACCUAUGAUGAAAAUGACUAUUUCUUACUGUAUUUAUCCAACAUCUGCAUUUUCCCCUUUAAAGCUGCGGUCUCCUGUUUGCUAAAAGAAUAUUGGCCAGUAUUGCAGAUUUUAACUGAUUUGGCUGAUCCUCCAGGGACCAGUUUCUGUGGGCGUGUGUUGGAGCAGGUUUGUCUUACACUGUUAAAGAUACACUAUCCUUUUAGAACGGAAGAUCGGUUCAGUGGCCGUUGUACUGACUGGAGGUAAUAACUGUCCUAGAAAAGUGGUAAAAUUCCUUGCAACGAGAAAACCACGGAAACUAGUUUUUCCUCAAGUCGACAUCUUGAAGAGGCAUCUAAGGAUACACUGGGUGGGGAAAGGAUAGUGUGUCUUUAACCCUUCAAACUGUUUGGUCCUAUUUUUUAAAAGGAAAGGGCCUGAGCUAGCUCUGGAGUUAGAUAAUUGUAGCAAAAUUAGUCACAUUUUCGGUUUUGACUGCUAAUUAGAGCUUAGUUAAGUCUUUAUGAAGAAGUAUUAGUUUUGUAACUUUUAUAAAACUCUGAAUAAUUGAGUGGUGAACAGGCUGAAUUGAAGUUAAUGGUGGCUUGAUCCACAGCCUGGUGCUUAUUCUCCUUUGUAACUAAAUAUUUUAACCAAACCUUACAUUUGGCCUCUGAAGUAAAGCAACACACGGGGGGGAGGUGGAACACUGUGGAAAUUCCUAAAACUUAAUUAAAUUAGUCAAAGCCAGUUGAAACACAACUAGAAGUAUCCCUGAAGUCAUCCACACCCAAAAUGGACAAGGUAGAAACCUGGCUGAAUUUUUCUCUCUUCAAACCUAGAUGCUUCAGCUAAAUGAGAGCCCAGAUAAAGGACGCCUUUGGGGGGAAAAGAUCGCUUGAGUCUUCAGCCCAUUGGAGAGACCCUGGCCGAGCAACCAGCUGUUGAAAAGGUUAUUUUGUAACAUUUUGUCUAACUUUUUACUUGUUUAAGUUGCGCCUCAAGUGGCAGAUUUUACAUUUUAUGUGCCAUUUUGUUGCUGUUAUUCAAAUUUCUUGUAAUUUAGUGAAGUGAACGACUACCGAUUUCAAUAUUGGCUUGGAUAUUUGAGGUAAAACUUCAUUUUUGUUUAUAUAGUGCUGACUUCUAUUGGAAAUUAAAAUCGAUGGUAACUUGCUGCCUCCAGUUUCAUACUGAGGAAUCAUGCAGCCAUUAUAUGCUGAUAGCUAACUGUCAAAAAGUACUCUCAAUUUUAUUUUGAAUCCUUAAAUAAGUCCACAAAACUUCAACUUGAAACUUACUGUAAAUGUUUGUUUUUUUUUUUUUUUAAGUAAGAAAAACUUUGACUUAAAAUAGCAUCUUCAAAUUCAAAUUGAUAGAAAUCUUUUCAGGUGACAGUUGAUAUUUGCAAGGAUUGUUUUACCAGACUCAAUUCUAAUCUCUUCUCUUAUGUAUUUUUGUGCACUAGGCGCAGUUGUGUAGCAGUUGAGUAAUGCUGGUUAGCUGUUAAGGUGGCGUGUUGCAGUGCAGAGUGCUUGGCUGUUUCCUGUUGUCUCCUGAUUGCUCCUGUGUAUGAUGCCUUGUCGUGCAGAAACAAAUGGCUGUCCAGUUAAUUAAAAUGCCUGACAACUGCACUUCCAGUCACCCGGGCCUUGCGUAAAAUAAUGGAGCAUACAGUGAGCACAUCUAGCUGAUGAUAUACACACCUUAUUUUUUCCAGAAUGGUAAAACUUACCAACCUACAUAUAUGAACUUACAUAUGAGAAUUGUAAUGUUAAGCAAAGAAAUGGUUCAUUCCUUUGUAAGUACUGAUUGGUGUAUCUUUUGCUUAAGACAUUCUGUACUAUACCCACUGUCUCUGUAGUUAAUAUUAAACAUUUUUUUCUGUGUUAACUUUUCUCAA